AGUUGGAUUUGGAACGAAAGCAAAAUGGCUCGAGGACGCAAGAGCAAUAGCAUCAAACAGAGCGACUUCACUAACAGCACCAAACCUCAGGAUUUGCAGAGAAGACUUUUUGUCGGCAAUUUGCCCACAGACCACAUGACUCGAGAAGAAAUGGAAGAGAUAUUUUCAAAAUAUGGCACAAUCAGGGCCCUCAGCAUGUACCAUGGCUAUGGGUUCGUGCAGUAUGACCGUCUGGAGGACGUCCAGGCCGCUCUGGACGGUGAGAAGGGCCGCCUUUAUAAAGGGUAUAGAUUAGAUAUUAAAAAAGCAGUGGAAAGAAGAAAUAUGAAUAAGGCUUCAUCAAGGUCCAGUCCGACACGAAGGGAGCCGUACGCCUACGGGGAUGGCCGAGACGCCAGACGUGACCGCUCCCCGCUGCGGGGGAGCCCACGGAGAGACCCCAGGGAUGGCAGAAACGGGCGAGAUUCCAGAGACGCUCGAGACAUGCGAGCUAGAGACAUGCGCGACGCCAGAGACCACAGGGACCCGCGGGACCUGCGAGACCCCCGCGAUAUCAGGGAUCCCAGAGACCUGCGGGACCCUCGUGAUCUUAGAGACCUUCACGACCCACGAGAGCCGCUGUACGAGCGAUACAGGGACCCACGGGACAUGAGGAAUCCGCGGGACGUGAGGGAUCCGCGGGACAUGAGAGACCCUCGGGACCCUUUGUACAGGCGAGAUGAAGCUUACGACCGUUACCUUCGCAUGGAAGACUUCUAUCGGCGGAAGGAUGACUCCUGCUACGACCGCUACAAGGAGCCUUUUGACAGAGCACCAGUGAACUCGGAUGACCGCCUGAAGCGAGAGGAGCGGCGCCGGGAGGAGCUGUACCGUCAGUACUACGAGGAAAUCAAGAGACGCUUUGACGCAGAGAGACCUGUGGAUUGUUCUGUGAUAGUGGUGAAUAAACAGACCAAGGAGUACGCGGAGUCGGUGGGGCGGAAGGUGCGGGAUCUGGGCAUGGUGGUGGACCUGAUCUUCCUCAACACAGAGAUGUCGCUGACGCAGGCCCUGGACGACGUGAGCAGAGGAGGGUCCCCUUUCGCCAUCGUCAUCACCCAGCAGCACCAAGUUCACCGCUCCUGCACCGUUAACAUCAUGUUUGGCACCCCACAAG